UCAACAACAAUGACCACAGCAACAGCAACAACAAAAUCUUUGAAUUCAUUUUUAUUGAAUCAAAAUUUUCAUGCUUCAUCUUCAGUUGAUAAUGUGAAUAUUUCAUCAACAGCAACAAAAAAUGGUGAUAAUGAAAUUGUAGAUAAAAACAGUGGAUACAAUUGUAAUGGUGAUUUUCAUAUGAAAAAGUUUUUCAUUCAUAAAGUCAACUACAACGACAACGACAAUGAAAGCAUUGAAAAUAAAACAAAUCUUCAAACAACAACAACAAGUCCUCGAGCAAUAAUGGCCACAAAAAAGUUGUUGACAGUUUCAACAUUUCCAUCAUCAUCAUCAUCAUCAUCGACAAAUUGUCAAACGAAAUUACAAUUUCAAUCACCAUUACCAUCACCGUUACCAUCAACAAAUUCAUCAUCAUCAUCAACAUUACAAUCAAUAAACUGUGGACAAUAUCGUAUUGCAAUGUCGAUCAUAUUCAUUCUAAAUAUAUUACUCAUCCAUCAUCAUAUCGAUUCUUGUAAUUGUUCACCAUCAUCAUCAUCAUCAUUAUCCGAUAAUCAUAGAAUAAAUGACGAUAAUAUUAAUCAUCCAAUUAUAACUGAUAAUAAAUUGGCAACAAUACGUUUUGUACGUUCAUAUUCAGAAGAAUUUAUGUCAUCAUCUGAAGAACGUGAACGUGGUCUACAAUUUUUUGGCGGUACAUCAGCCGGUGGUUCAUCGGUUGCACUUUCAUCAUCGACAACAUUAUUAUCAUCAUCAUCGUCAUUACAAUCAUCAACAUCAUCGGCACAGAAACGUAUAUCACCAUAUUUUGAUACAGAAUCAAUAUCAACAAAUGUAACAAUAUCUGAAGGUUCAUCAUUUGUACAUUUACCAUGUCGUGUUAAACAAUUAGGCGAUCGUACUUUAUCUUGGAUUCGACGUCAAGAUUUUCAAAUAUUGACUGUUGGAACAUUUACCUAUACAUCUGAUCAAAGAUUUCAGGCCAUACAUCGUGAAAAUUCAGAUGAUUGGUCUUUGCAGAUAAGUUAUCCAAGAAAAAAAGAUGCUGGCAUCUAUGAAUGUCAGAUUUCUACAAUGCCAAAAAUGAGUCUAUUCAUUCAACUUAAUGUUGUCGUAAGUCGAGCAAAAAUUGUUGAAGGUCCAACCUUAUACCUGAGCAGUGGUUCAACAUUGAAUCUAACUUGUAUGGUAAAAGAUACGCCCGAACCACCGGAUUAUAUUUUCUGGUAUUAUAAUGGCCAAGUGAUUAACUAUGGAUCACCGCGUGGUAUUAAAGUACAUACGGAAAAAUCUGCACAAACCAUUUCAAAAUUGAUUAUAUUGAAAGCUCAAGCUAAUGAUUCGGGAAAUUAUAGCUGUACACCAUCAAAUGCUGAACCGGCACAUAUUGCUGUACAUAUACAGAAUAAUGCUAAUCCUGCUGCUAGUAUACAGCAUGGUAAACGUAGUGCCAGGUAA